UGUCGCUGUUACAACCAAUUUCUGAUUCUUACAAACAGUCCCUUUAAAAAUAUUAAAACCACUUUAUUACCAAACAUUAAAAUACAUAGGCUACCGAUUAAACCUGCAGUAGGCAGAAAGUUGUGGGCCUCAUUGGGCUGACUGAAUUUCUCCUUCUAAACUUUUCUGACACUGCCGACUUAAGAGUGAGGAAUUAGCUUCAUUGAACUAUGGUUCUUCUCAGCAGGUUUGAGUGCCCAAAUAGCAUAAGCAAUAGGCCUGAGCUUCCCUCCAUGUUCCUGGGAAAGCACUGGCUGCCUCCAGCCCUGCAUGGCUUGCAUCUAUCUCCAAAACAAAUGGCCUCUAGAAAUCUGCAUAGGCCAACACUGGUGCAGAGACGAGUGCGUUCUUUACCUGGCCAAACUUCUCUUCGCACUCUUCGGUCCAGGCUGAGGCCAGUAGCGUCCUGGGGGUCUUACCCUUUUACCUGGACUCAGUUGUGCCACCACCUGGUGCAAAGGAGCAGCCAUCUUUGCAAAUCCUGCUAUGAAGCGUCUAUAAUAACUGGCAAACGCUAUAAAGGCUCAGAGCUCAGCCAGGUUAUGGGGGGUCCUCCACUCUCUCAGAAAUGACACUUUGAACAUUUGACCUUGAGUUUGUCCAGAUGCUGCUGAAUAGAGGAAGAGAACACAAUAACACCAUCAAGGUACAGUAAGACAGAUUGAUAACGGCAGUCUCCAAACAUGUGCUCCAGAAGGCGCUGAAAAGUACUAGAAGCGUUGCACAGUCCAAAUAGCAUCCUAUUGAACUCAAAUAGUCCAAACGGAGUACAGAACGCCAGUACGGACAAUUAACAUAAAUUGAAAGUGAAGUUACGGGCUUCUGGGUGACAUGCACUUGACCACGCAUAGCUUGGCAGCGUUCCCCUUAUUUUAAUUACUUUAUAAUUUACAGAUCCAUUCAUCCAUCCUUUAUCUGUAACCGCUUAUCGCCAGACUAUCACAUGGCUGACACAUAGAGACAGACAACCAUUCACGCUCACAUUAACACCGACGGGCAAUUUAGAGUCAAUAAUUAACCUAACCUACAUGUCUUUGGACCUUGUAGACAAGGCUAAAGUUUACAUAAGUAAGCUGGAUCAGUUAUUUCAGUUCAUUUUAAAACUAUGAACAGAACAUAGAUUGGAGAGGAGUUUGGAAUAAUAUAACCUAGGUUUUAUUUAUCACCAAGAAAACAUUGCCAACUUGAAAUGACCCCAAUCCCUGUAUGUUUAUUAUGUUCACAAAAUGAAAUCGGAACAUACACAUGUUGUGGGAAUACCUUCUGGCUACAGUUAGCAAGAGCCUUAUCAAAGUAAUGGAUAUAAGUUUACCCUGUUUUCCAAACAUUAUUUUGAGAAAUGACAGGUGAGACUUUGAGUCAACAAUUAAAUAGUCCCAUAGUGAAGUAACUGUGGAGCAACACAUACAGUAUAGCACUGAUUAACACAAGGCCCAUGUGAAUCAUCUACUUCCCCAAACACAUGUGACUAGAUAAACUUAAUUCCUGUUCACCAUUCUGACUGAGCGCACAAUCAAUCUAUAUGGAAGGUAAGGUUAAACACUUUUGCUCCAUAUUUUCUGUUGCAGGACACUGUUUCACUGACUAUAUGAACUCAAAUCCUGUUCCCCAGAAAGAAAGACCUGAGUUGCACUUCGUUUGUGGCCCUUAUAGACAUACUGCGUCCUCAGGAGAAACCAUUCUAACUGCUCGCAAAAUCAAUCUACAUGGAAGGCAAGAUGAAUUUGGAGGAAUACUUCAAACGAAUUGGUGUCCAUGGCUCUUUUGAUAAACUGGAUCUUGCAACACUGAAGUUGAUCCACAAACAGCACGUCAUGUCAAUUCCUUUUGAAAACCUCAGCAUUCACUGUGGUGAGAGGAACACCAUGGAUCUUGAUGUAAUUUUCAACAAGAUGGUGAGGAGCAGCCGUGGAGGUUGGUGCCUUGAGAACAACUUCCUGUUUGGCUGGGUGCUGAGAGAAAUGGGCUACGACACUACGACGUUGGGCUCCAGAGUUUUCAACAGUCCGGUCAAUGAUUUUGGCCCCUUGGAAUCUCAUCUCAUCCACAAGGUUGUCAUUGAAGGAAAGGCUUAUAUAGCAGAUGUCAGCUUUGGGGUGUCUUCCCAAGUGUGGGAGCCCCUGGAGCUCGUCUCUGGAAAGGACCAACCUCAGGCAGCGGCUGUCUUUCGCCUCAUAGACAACGGGGACAAGUGGGUGCUGGAGAAAACUGGUAGAAAGCCAGAGAUCCUCAAUCCAGAGUUUGCCAACUCAAGUCUGGUGAACAGGAAGGAAACAAAUCAGAUCUACUGCUUCACCUUGGUGCCUCGUGAGGCCGAUCAUUUCUUUGAGACAAACCACAACCUCCAGACAGAUCCUACUUCACUGUUCACCAACAAGUCCAUCUGCUCUUUGCAAACACCAACAGGGUGCAGAGCUCUUAUUGGCUGGACCUACAGUGAGGUCACCUACAAACCUGAGGAAGGUGUUGAUGUGUUUGACAUGAGAAACAUAACAGAUGAUGAGAUAGAGCAAAUUCUACAUGAAAAGUUCAAUAUGAAGCUGCAGAACAAACUGCAGCCUGCAAACAACAAAUCAGGGUACACACUCUGAAAUCCUCAUAUUCUGUUUUAAAAUUUUCCUAAAAUUAUGUCUCAACCUGUUUUGAUUUCACGACCCACCAGGGGCCUGUACUACGAAGCAGGAAUUGGCGUUGGCGAGGUAACUUCAGGGUUAUCCCUGGGUUUUCCGUCCUACGAAGGUGGUUCACUUCUUACAGGGUAGAUCGCCAUGGUAACUUAUGCUGAACA